CAGGAAGCGACGCGAGGGUCCUCUUGACUUCUGAGAUCUGCAUCGAUCGACGAUGAUCGAUUAGGUCAUACUAUAGUAUUCACGUCGGGCCUCCUUCUGAUGUCGUAUCUACACUUUACAGUAAUCGUGCAGCAGAGAACAGAGACACCAAGUCUAUCGUCCAGAUUUCACGCUCCAACAUUUAUCGCUUUGGUGACCAAAACUUCGCAGCAUCGGUCUUCCGUGAUGUUGAAUGGACUAUUGAUGAGGGUGAUAGGGACAGGCUCGAAGCAAAAGACAGCCCUUUUGCAGACACUCUUAGGUCACCUACGCAUAAAUCCUUCUCCACCCUUACCCGGAGGACUAUUUCCUUUCCUCUCAGACUCUCCACGCGACCCACACAACUGUGUGUCAUUCGCGCAUCGGCCGCGCGCAGCAGGUGCUGCCUUCUACGACUAUACUUCUCGAUACGGCGCAGUCAGAGAAGAAGACCGUAUCACCCUUCGAGAAAGUACGUUUGGAGAACACGACUUUCUGAACAUCCAGCCAAAAGGUGGAAAGGUGAAGACUUCCGUUGAAAUUGCACAGGGCGAAGUGAACAAGGGCAUCUUUGAGGACCUAACUGUCUUUCCUCCCUGUUGGAUCUACCUUUGAUAGCUUUAUCGAAUGGCCAGACGCGUCGAGCACGCAUUGUGAAGGCUAUUUUAUCUGAACCAGAGCUCCUCGUACUCGACGAAA